AAAAAUAUAAAUUACAAAUGGCGUUGUAGACAGAUGUGUUCACGGCCACGAUGGGCGAUGAUUCUUUGAUAUUACGAGAAGAUGGUUAUAUUCGCAUGAACUUUCCUGUUACUUCAUUAACGUACCAUAGUAAUUUGAAUAUAAUAUUGGUGAAGACUGACGUAGGUGGUGUACACGUUUUGGAUGUGAACUCUGGUGUGAUACUCCAAUCUUCAUGUCUUUCAGCGGAUGACGGAGGAACUCAUGGAGUAGAAUAUGCCGCGGGCGCGGACCGGGUGUUCGUAUGGGAUAGCAGUGGCGUGGGCGCCCGCACGGAUUACAAUGGGGUGCUGCUACUGCACACGGCGCUACAGCGACCGCUGCCUUCCUCACAACCGGACAAAAUAAUCAGAAUAGAACUUGUCCUCUCUGAGGCGGUGCUCCUGUACCAGUGCCUCCAGAGCCUGGACGUGCUGUCCACUGAGGGUCUGCCAGACUUCAUCAACAAGCUCAAGAAUGCCAUCGACGCGGAGCCGCUGCGCAAGGGCGUCAAGGCACAAAAGUGGAGCACAGUGUCCAUCUGCUUACCACAGUCAACUGUCCGCUUGGUGACGACCGGAGUGGUCCAGGAGCUGAAGGGGCAGAACCGGCGGAUCCCCGCGCUGGCCAUAGCAUCGGCGGUCGGCCAGCGCGCCAACGAACUGGUGCCCUGCUCCCGGGACGAGGACGCCAGGCCGCAGAUGUACUCGGAAGCCGAGAGGAAAGAGACCUUCAAGAGGUGGCCGCAUAUGGACUACAAAUGGGCGCUGCCAGCUCGCAUGGCCCAGGCCGGCUUCUACCACCAGCCGUCCCCGAGUGGAGACGACCGGGCGAUGUGCUUCACCUGCCUCGUGUGCCUCGUCUGCUGGGAGAAGUCCGACGAGCCCUGGGUGGAGCACGAGAGACAUUCUCCCAACUGCCCCUUCGUCAGAGGAGAGUACACACACAACGUGCCAAUUUCUGUCACAAACGCGACAGCAUGCGCGGUGCCGUGUCCAAACGUGACAGUGGUCUCCAAGGGCAACACGGGGGACCUCAUAGCGACCGGCACCUCGGAGGGCAAGAUCAACAUCUGGAAGUUCGACUGCGGCCUCAAGCUGGUCAAGUUCAUUCACCUCUCGCCGUACGACUCCAUCUUCAGCGGGAUCCUGGCCACGGAUUGUAAUAAAGUGUGGUCGGCCAGUAUCGAAAAGGAUACAUCCACAUACGGCAUCGAACUCACAGCAAUGGCGUUUGUCGGCAUGACGGUAAAGCAGGAAACGUACCCACAAGCACCGAACAGCGACAAUGCAGAGAAAGAGGUCAACCCGAGCAAAACCAAACCAGCUCUCAUAUGUGCGGUCACCGUUACGCGGACUAACUCCCCCACAUCCGACCAACCAAUCAAAGAAGACUCCAGCAAAGUGCUCUUCGACUCCUGUGACAAGUCAAAAGAAAGCGUCCAAGCAAUGAACGAUCAGAACGAAGCAAAAAGCAACCUGACUCCAUCAAGCAAAAUGCUCUUCCUGUUAACAUACGAUAUACACAGUUCCCUCGCAGGGUCGAUAACAACAGUGGUCCACACGUCCAACAGCAGCGGUAACUCCAAACCGGGAGGCAGCAAGAAAACCUGCACAGUAGCGAGAACGGACGACGCUAAUAUCUACGACGAGAUUUACUUCCAGUAUUCCGAUGACGAUACAGACCUGCCGCAGUGCACGAACAGUUUGAUAGACGAACAGAUCAGUAACGUCAUCAAUUUGAACGCGUCGUCCAGCAAGGAGGACUGCAAGAUCUGGGAACCGAAAAAGAUCAUUUUCACAAAACAUUUCAAGGUUUUGACUCCACCGCCCCCGACAGUUUUACUGCCGGAGUUGCCAGAAUCUGGACAAGGCAGCAUGUUGGACUUUGUGGGGAAGAUUUCGCAAAUGAAGAGUUGGAAGAGUGCGAACUUAUUGGACUCUGUUGGCACUAAGCUGGCAGAUCAGACUGACGCCGUGCUGCAGCCGGCAGACCCUAUAACACAUUACUUAAAUAUGAACGGACCUUUAGAGAUUUCCGACCUGAAGUGGUAUGAAGGUGGGGAUGGGACUGAGAAGGUGAAAGUAACCACAUUCGGGGGCGGCGGUAAAGUCGGGACACAAACUGCAGUCAGCAAUAGCAACAAUGAUGGCUUCGACAGCGACCCUCCGCAAGAAGAGGUGGUCUCCCAGGGCAUCGCGAUCCAAUGCCUUAGUCUUCCAGCCAAACUGAACCUCAGAGACGACUCCAAAGUCACUCACCUCCUACCCACUGAAGACAAGGAGCAUUUACUCGUUAUUAUAUCAUGUAUAGAGCCAGACAAAAUUAAAGUAGAGGAGGAGACUGAUCCAGAUGGAGAUGUAAAGAUGGAAGUAGACGAAGUGGUAGACCAGCCUGAUAGAACUGACAAGUCUGAUGCAAAAGCAUACUUUUUAAUGUUCAAAAUCAAUAACAAAACUUCUAUAUACACUUUGGAAGAUAACCCAGACAGUUUCAAAGAGUUACCGUACAAUGAGAGUCCUGUAGACAUUUGUCUAUUGCCAAUCGAUAAACACGAGCAGUAUUCUUUCGCGGCGGUGGGCGUCGACGGUAGCUUGAGGCUGUACACUCUGCCAGACUUCAAGAUGAUGUCGGAGAAGCGAGUAUCGAAAGGACAGUUUACUUCAGUAGUAUACUGCGCGUCAGUGGAGCGACUCAGUGUAUCAACAAAGCACGGCAUGAUAUACUUUUACGCGUUGAAUAACGGCGAGAAAGACUCCACUGGCGAUAUCGACGAAGACGAAUUCGCUAACAUAGAUUUUGAUAUGUUGCAAAAAGCGCCGAGGGAUGAGGUGUGCGGGCCGGUGCCGGCGCCGGUUAUUCUCGCCAAUAAGACUGAUUUAGACAUGAGUGAUCUAGAAAAUUUAAUAUCCCUGACCGGUUUCUAUGGGACGAAUACGACAGUGCCUUACAGCGCAGUAGUGCCGGGCUUCUGGUGUGAGUUAUCGCCCGCCCAGCGUUCACGCUCAGAUCACCAGAACAACAGAACUUGGCGGUUACAAAACACAUCUUCCACUUGGGACGAACAUGUCUUGGAAUUGACUUUACCAUACAGUGUGUCUCUAGCGCACAUAGAGUUUGGCUUCACAUUGCAUACUACAUGCUCAGUCAACUUACCCAUUAUACAAGUCACACUGCUCAAGCAAAACCUUCACGGAAUAGGCUAUAAGAAAGAUGCCUUUCCCAGUCACAGAUCAGAAUCUCCCUUGCAUUUCCCGGUCAUUGACGCUGAUAUGUCGUCGAAUUUGGAGAAUCCUGUCAACAGUGAGGAAUACCUACAAGCACAUAAUGCUGAAAUACUGGCCGGGCCUUUACUGCUGUCUUCGGGGCUAGAUUUGACGCAGCAAUCUGGAACUCUGAUACUGACCAGUCCUAGACUAUACAGGGCGAGAGGACGAACGUUCCUCAUUCAUAUAAAAACUUUGUUCGAUCCAGCUAAAGAUAUGAACAAGGGGACUACUAAAACGAGUGAGAAUAGCUCUAAGAAGUCUGGUUUUAUCGGGUGCGAUUGGUUGCAUCAGAUUUCAUUAACAGUUCGCUCGAGCCCGCACACGGACGUGCCUAUGGAGAGGCAGCAACGGAUAGCGAUGUUAGAGUCGAAUACGUUUUUGAAUACGCUCUUUGAAAUAGUCGUAAGUAAAGGCGAUUGUGAGCGUAAGAAGGUUGCGUUAGACUUGCUUAUUUGGGUGAUUUCUAUCAGACUGCAGAGGAUGAGGUUGGCGAAGUCCGAGAAGGGAAAAGACAAGGACGCUCAGAAUCCUGUAGAGAUUCAACAGUUGGAAUGUGUGAAGAUAGUAGAAAAGUACACUGAUGCGCUUAUAAAGAAUUGUAUAUUGUGUGCUAAUAGGAGUAUAGCGAAGAAGUGCGUCAAAAUCAUUCUUACAACCAGCGAGGGCGUGAAGCAACUACCUAAACCUUGGAAAUCAACGUUCGAGACGUCCCUAGUGGAGGCGGUGAGCGGUUGCGUGCCGUACAUCGGCGCGUGCGCAUCUCCGGGUGCGCUGCGCUGGCUGGCGGCGCUGGCGCAGCACGCCACGCCGCGCCAAGCUGCGCCCGCGCUCGUGCGCCGCUGCAUGGCGUUGCUCGAGGCUGCGGCCCGCUGUCACAGGGACAGGGGUGAUGUCUAUUUACAACUGCUCAGAGCUAGAUUCGGCCUCUAUGGGCUGCCGUUCGAGCGCACAAUAUUCUCGUCGGAAGUCCCGGAGCUCGGCCGGGGCAGCUCCUCGCCGGUGACGUACGCCAGCGUCCUCGCCGGGGACAGCGGCGCCGCCACCGCCGCCAGCGCCAAGCCGGACUACCAGCUCAAGGACUUGCUCAAUCUACCGCCAGAUAUGGAGUGCAAGAACGCAUCGUCUCCAUCAUCACCAGUCGCGUGGUGGGCGGCCAACAACGGCGUGGGCGUGUUCGGGGCGGGCGUCAGCGAAGCUAUGCCGCUGCACGUGAGCUGCCACGUGGCCUCCGACGGCACCAAGCUGGAGUCCCACGGCCCGCGCCACUUCCCCGCCUGCGUCAGCGCCAUGCCGCACUCUGACGCGGACCACCACCAGUUGUGGUCGGCUAUGAAAGAGGGCCAAAAGCAGACCUCCCAAGAUCCGGACUCGUUGGAAGAUGUGGAAAGCUCACUGAUGGAUUGCGAUCCGCAAGAGAAAUCUGAAUUCUCAGAAGAUAAAAUAUUCAAGGAACAAGAACAAUGUGGAAUAGCCUGGGCAGCGCUGGUCACCCGACCGCCGCAGCACACAUUGGUGGUGGAACGUAUGCACUCCGGCGCGAGACGAUAUAUCGUUCUAGAUUUCGGACACACCGUGCGACUUACUGAUUUGAUAAUACCAUCGUGUUCGGACCUGGUGACCCUGUGCAUCGAUAUUUGGGUCACGAGUGAGGAAACAGAUUGCGUGAAGCUAGCAUUCGCGACAGACAUCGCGAGCAAACACUUGGUGCUCACUGACAUACAGCCGCCGCCUCGGGCGCGAUAUAUGAAGAUAACAACGAUAGGCCGCUACGGCAUGUCGGCCAUGAAGUGCAAGAUCCCUCUGGGCUGGUUCUACGGGGAGAUCGCGGACAUCGCCAAUGUUCAGGCUUCGGUCAACGCUCUCAACGCACUGCACCAGGAUCUCACGUGUAGAUUCAGGCUAGCAACAGGAAAACUAAUGGACCUCGUCAAUCCUUACUUGGAAAUGUACAACGGGAACGCGGCGCACAUGAUGGCGUACCUAAAUUUGGCCAACGAGACCGACCCGAAAGUCGUCGCCGCCUACCAAGAGUGCAUAGAGCUGCAGCAGCAACUGCACACGUGUAACAACAUACUGAAGAAGCUGCAAAACAAUUCGGAGUGCGACGAGCAAGUGCUAGAUAUGAUAAAUAAAGGGAAAGUGACGUCAGAAGCGCUGUUAGAACGGGCUUCGACUGAUAAACUGAGAGUUAUCACGGAGAAUGUGGUGGAUAUGCUGCUGUACUUCUACUUCCAGAUGGGGGAUGUGCAAUACGAGGAGGUGAGCCAGGAGUGGUGGAACUCCGUGUGCCCCCUGAUCUGGCAGUGCGGCGCGCGGCCCGGCGCAGCGCUGGCGACGCUGGCCGCGCGCGCCGCGGGCGCCGCCGCGUGGUGGGGGCCGGCGCUCGCUGACAUACUCGUCUCCGCCUUCUCCGCUGCCGACGCGCCGCCGCUCGCGCUCGACAGAAUCCUCGUGCUGGUGAUCUACAUGGCGCGCAAGAGCUUGUACUCGUGCAGUUCCCCGGACAAGGGCCCGGCGGCGGCGCUGGCCGCACGCACGCUGUCGCUGCUGAGCGCGUGGCGCGCGCGGCCCGGCGCUGCGCUGCUCGCCGCGCUGCUCACUGCGCUCGCCGCGCUGCUCGACACCGUCUCGCCCCGGCACACCAGAUGGGACUGGGUGACCGGAGGUCGGGCCGGAAGCGGAAGCGAGACGCCCCGCAACGACUGCAAACUGCACCAUCAUAGGAAAUAUCACAAGAAGCCAUUGCGCGGGAAACAGACUGUUGAUGACCAGCGCGGGCGGCUAGGCGUGAAGGCCCGCAUGGCGAUGUUCGGCAAGCGCGGCGGCUGCUGCCCGUGCUGCAAGUCUCCGCCCUGGUGCGGCCGCGCGCGCGCCUCGCUCGUGGUGCCGCCGGCGCUGCAGCAGCAGCUGGCCGCCGCGCUCGUGCACCACAUGCUCACCGCGCACAGCUGCGACCGCACCGAUGUUCUGCUGCUGUGUGCCAAGGUGGUGGGUCGUCUAUGCGCGCUGUGCGGAGGCGCGUCGCUGAUAGAGCCAUCGGCGGUGCUGUGUCUGGCGCGCCUCGCCGUCACGUUGCCGGAGUGGCCGCGACACGCGCUCACCACUCUGCUGCAGGACUUGAUGGAAUACGAGACGGGUGGCGCGAACACGGGCAGCAGCGAGGAGGCGAGCCCGGCCAGCAGCGACGACUCGUGGCGCGGCGGAUACAUCAUACACACCUACAAGGGCGGCUGUCCCGGCAAGGCGCCGCGCACGCGCAUCGGGGCCUCUGUCGCUGAUGUGUUAGCCGAUAGUUUCGGGCUGACGAAGACAAACACAUCCAACAAACAAGCAAAAAUCCCCCCAGGUUUCUCAAAUAUAAUCAAAGAUAUGGAAGAUCAGCUGACGGCGGAGUCGGACGAUUCAGAGUCUGACGAGAAAUAUCUUCAAUACUUCUUGGACGCGGUCAAGAAGGAGACGAAAAUCAAGCCUGCGGUAGAUAACUCUAGCAGCGUGGUAUCGAGCUGCACAGACGCGCGGUUGGAAAGCGGCGCGGGCGGCGCGGGCGCGGCGACGGAAGCAGCCGCGCGCCGCGCGCUGCUGGCCACCGGCGGCGCGCUGGCGGCGGCUGUGCGCGCGUCGCCCCCGCCUCCCGACACUCCGCCGCCCGCCGCCUCCACCUCGCCCGCCUCGCGCCCGCACCCGCCGCUCACGCAUACGCUGUAUGACGUGUUCCGACAUUUAGCGCUCGAGUUUCAUUAUCAGAUGGACUGCACGUUCAUGGAGAACGUGGUGUCCCUGUGGCUGACCCUGAACGGGUCGUCGUGGGGCGCCGGCGGCAUCUGGACGCAAGCGGCGCUGGCGCUGCCCACCGACACGCCGCGGCUCAGGCUCGCCUCCGACACUGUCAACGCUCUGCUGCAGUCGCUGUGCACGUUAGAAAACAUAUCAUUGAGAUGCUGGGUGCUCUCCAUGUUGGCUCUAGCGUGGAUUGCGUCUCUACCUUUACAGACCGAGGGUAACUCUCAGACGAUGGGCCGCGUGAUCCUGGAAUGCGAAUACUUUGUGCCGGCCGUUGUCAAGUUCAUCACUAUGAACGUCAACACGGACGGCGCCGUCGCCAGUUCGGAGCCCUACCUUGGCGGCGUAAGCAUCGGCGCCGGCGCCGGCGCAGCAUCGGCAUUACAAUCAGUUCUCUCUCGAGUGGUGUGCACGCGCGGGCCCGGCGGCGCUCUGGCCGCCCUGAAGAUAGUGUGCGGCGUGUGGAAGAGGGACGACGGGCACGCGGCCUGCGGGGGAGGGGCGGUGGACCUCCACCACACGCUGCUGCGGCUGAGCCAUCCGCUGCUGCACGUGCUGGAGGGCAAGCAUGCGCAUCACGCGCUCGCCUUGCUCGACACUGUCGCGCACCAAUCAGCGUGGUGGGUGCGCGAGAGCAGCGCCCGCAGCUCGGAGACAGGCGCGGACGCGCGGCUGUCGGGGCUGCUGGCCGACGUGCUGGCGGGCGGCGCUGGCGGCCGCCGCGCGCCGCUGCGCAGGUCCGUGCUGUCGCAGCUGCUGCACUACUGCCAUCGGCUGCUGUGUGUGUCGCUGUCAAGUCCGAGCGUGUCGACGAGCGGCGAGUCCUCGCAAUCGCAGUCGCAGUCGCAGACGGACGAGAGCAAAGCCCAGCACAGCCAGCCCGCGGACUCCACCAACGUGGAGGACGAGCGGAAGCAGCAGGCGGCUCGACCGCCGUGCCUCGCUGACACAGUACUACAACACCCGCAGAUUAUGAUGAAAUUCUACCGAACGUUGUCUUUGUGCGACGGAAUGAACACCCUUAUUAUAAACUCUGGCAUGAGUGCAGAGCCAUCGGCAGAGUACUCCUCGCUGAAGGAGGAGGUGUUCCUGCUGGUGGCGCACAUGGCCAACGUCGCCUCCAACCCGGCGCUCAUGGUGCCCAGCCUUAUGGAGUUCCUCAGGAGAGAAGAAGUGGUGACCCUGUCGCAAGCCAUGCAGCAGCUGAUCGUCCGCUUGCUGGACAAGCCUGAGGCGCAAGCCGCCUUCGUGGAGGCCGGCGGGCUCAGCCUGGCCGUGGACAAGCUGACGCAGCAGCACCAGUCUGGUCCCAGCGCUGGACAAGGGCUGGUGUCGUCCCUGAUAAACUACUUGAAGCUGCCGCCGCAACUCAUCAACCUGUCCUCGCCGGCCUGCAGCAAGAAGAACCAGCCGCCAGUCAUCGAGGCCACUUCCUCAGGGCUCGUCAACAUCGCCCCCUUAUGUACGGUGGCAUGCGCGAACCCCACCGCGCAGCAAGCGGAGGUGCUGCUGGAGGGCGGCGGCGCGGGCGGGCGCGGCGCGUGCGCGGCGCGGCGCAUGCGCGCGGCCGCCUGGUCCUACCACUUCUUCAGCGCCGACGACGCCUCGCUGGCCUUGACUCUCACCUUGCCCUACGCUGCGAUGCUACACGAAGUCCAUCUGCAGCCGCAUCUCACUAGUCUCGCCACGUGUCCGGGCGCGGUGGCGAUCGAAGCAGGCUGCGGCGGCACGCUGGCGCCGCUCGGGCCGCCGCAGAACACGGCCGGCAUGACGUCCAUCCGGCUGGUGGUGGCCAGGCCGGUGGUGUGCACCACCGUCCAGAUCCGGCUCUACAAGCCGCGGGACUCCUCCAACAUGGGCUUGCUGCAGCUCAAGCUGCUCGCCGAGCCCGCCUUCAACAAGCAGCAGACCGGGAUCAAUAAUACCAACAACUGGGCGUCGGUAGUGUCCGCGUGCAGCCGCAGCGCGACGGGCGCGGCGCAAUGGGCGCCGCUGGCCUGCGACGGCGCACUGAGCGCACUGUGCGCAUGCGUGGUGAGCGGCGGCGCGGCCGGCGCGCACGCGCAGCUCGCGCUCCUGGCCGCCGCGCGCGCCGCGCCCUCGGCCACGCCGCUGCUGCUCGCCGCGCUGCUCGACGCCGACGUGCAGGCGCAUGCGGCAGCGUUCCAACCGGCGUCGGGCAUGGGCCGCGCCAACGGCAGCAUGAACGCGGUGUGCGAGGUCAUCCGCCAGCUCUGCCGGGUGCCCACCGCCGGCGCCGGCGCCGCCACUAGGUAUCUGCAGUGGCUGGCGGCUGCGGCUGAGCUGUGGCUUCGAUCGAAGAUUUCCCCAUCGGCUGCGCUCACGCACACGCUCGCAGAGGUAUUGUGGACCCUAAAAGAAGAAAGAAUACUGGAAAACAUAGAGCAGUUGAUAACGGACGAUUUAUUUGAAUUAGUAUACACCUGGGUGCAAGACGUGCCUGAAACUAGUCUACUCAAAGAAGCGCUUGAUGCAGUUUUAUGCUCCAUGUGUUACAUUCGACCGGAACUGUUCAGGAUGUUACUGGAACACAUGGACAUACCUUUAGAUAAUGAUGAAAGCAUGGAAGGGCUGACGGACGACACGAAGGUGCACAGUUGGCCAGCGCGGGCCGGAGCACGCGACACGGGCGUGGCGUGGGCGGCGGCGGGCUGGCAGCUGCAGAGCGUGGCUGUGUGCGCGCAGUCGCCCGCCGCCACGCUGCUGCUGCUGCACUGCCGGCUCUCGGCCGCCGCGGUCGCCGCCGUCGCUGAAUUCAGUGAAAAGAAAUUAGAACAAAUCAAGGAGCAGUUAGGUAGUUCUAGAGAAGAUGUUCAGAUGAUGGAUGAUAAGGAAGCAAGCCAAAACAGGACGGAUUUGCCGUCAAUGCGGCGGGUAUGCCAGUUGGUGGAUUGGAUGCGGCUGUUGUGUGUGGAGAGGAGACUGAAAGACUGGCUCGGCAGCGAGGGUGCUGUGUUCUGGAAGCCGCUGCUGCGCCUGCUGUGCCAUCCCAGACCUCCGGAGAGCACUUGGCAAGAAGCAGCCCAGUACGCGCAGCUGGAGGAGAACACAAUCAGAUUGUUCGCAGAGCUGACGGUGUGUCACUCUGCCAACCAGAAGUUGUUCGCAUCCACCUUACAUCAUAUAUUAGAGACAUUAAGUUGUGUCGGUCCCGAAGGCAUAUCAGGGUUCACCCGCGCUCUGAUCCUGCGGCUGGUGCUGUCGGCGGAGCGCGCGCGCGUGGCGCUGCGCUGGGCGGGCGGGGGCGCAGUGCCCCCGGCUGCGCCCGGGCACCCCGCUGCGCGACACCACGCGCUGCUGCGUCUGCCGCUCUCCAUGACCGUGCGGCAGCUGCUGCAGGACCACCGCCCUCCCAUGCCGCUGGUGGACGAGAGCGGCAAGCUGCCGACGACGGGCGCGAGCGGCGCCAUGCUGCGCAGCGCCUCCGACACCGCCAUCAUGACCGUGGCCGACGCCUGGGAGCUCACGCUCGCCGCCGCCAGCGCCUCCAAGGACAAGCGAGUGAAGGACGUAAAGAACACGUCGCUCAAGCAACAGAACAGCAAGAAACGGCAGUCCAAGACCAACGACGCGUCCGUCAUGUCGGUGGCUGAUGAACUAAUAGAGACAACAAUAUUGGUGCAAGUGGCGGGCAUAGAGGGGUACGUGCCGUGCAGCAGCACGCUGGCGCAGCUGGCCAGCGCCGCGCCGCACGUGUUCGGGCCGCAUCUCACACUCACGCUGCAUCUCAACAUCUCCGGCGGUCCCCGAUGGGACGGCAGCAGCCACGCGGCCGGCAGUCAGAGCACUAGCACGAGCGCGGGCGGCAGCAGCUCCCCACCCGGCGCCCUCAGCCCCUCCCCUGCGGCGGGCUCCAGCGCGGUACUGCGGGAGUUUGGCGCGUGCGGGGGUCUGGCGCUGGUGGCGGCCCGUCUGCCCCGCCCGCACGCCGCGCCCCCGCCACCGCCCACGUUGCACCACCAGCAUCACGAUCUCGACUGGGUCAAGCUCGAUGAUCCUUACGCUGAGGAGGUGGUGGACCUGGUGAAUACCGGCAGCGGCGGCGGCAACGGCGGCGAGGAGACCGGCUGCACGGGCGUGCCGGCGCACGCGCUGCUGUCGCUGGGGCUGCUGCUGAAGCUGCCCGGCUACGCGGCCGCGCUGCUGGACGCCGGCCCGCGCGCCGUGCAGCUGCUGCGGCUGCUGCUCGGCGUCACACACGACGAGGACGGACGAAGCAUAAUAGUCGGCGGUGGCAACACCACCGGCAGCGGCAACAACUGGUCGCUGGGCACGUUGCCGUUCCGAGUGGUCUCCAAGUUGCUCGAGGCGGCCGCGCUCGACACUCCGGAAGGCAAGGAGCUGCGACAGUCGCUCUUAUCGCUAGGCGCCAUAAGGCUCGUUUUGACGUGCCUUGCUGUGUUCUCACACCACCAUACGCCGUGCGACAAUAGUCAAGCGUCAAACGGGUCGUCGGCGAGCAAGUCUGAGGAGAAAAGUCAACAGUACUGGGCGAAAGGCACCGGGUUCGGUACCGGCUCCACGCAGCAGUCUUGGAAUGUGGAGCAGGCGCUAGUGCGCCAGCGGACGGAGGAGGAACACGUCACUGUCUUGCUACAAGUAUUAGCAUCGUAUAUGAAUCCCGGCGAGAAGUGGCCUCCGGAGGAGAGUCCGGCGUCGGAGUCCAGCCAGAGCUCGUGCGAGAGCCCGCCGGCGCCGGCGCUGGAGCCGGAGUUCAUCGACCUCGUCGCCGGCAGCUCGCUCGUGCCUGCCAUUUGCUCAUAUCUUAGGAACGACUCGGUGCUGGACAUGUCGCGGCACAUCCCGCUGUACGUGUGCGUGCUGCGCUGCGCACGCGCACUGCACGCGCUGCGCAGCGGCCGCUUGGCGUCCGCGCUGCGCCCGCUGCCGCGGCUGCUGCACCAAAUGUCGCGCACCACAAACUCAUACGCUACCAAAUUAAGGAUGAGUAAAAAGAAUAUAUUCGGUAAAAUGACAUAUAGCCAAAGAUUUAGUACUUCAAGCAAUUCAGAAUUAUCAGAAGAAGACGAAGGGUUGGCGUCGUUAAUAGCGGAUAUACAGGCGACGUCGGCACUAAUGUGGAGCGCGGGGGGAGAGGCGGAGGCGGGCGGGGGGCCGACGCGGUCUCUGGGGGGCGCAGGGAGGGAGGCGCGGUACAUCGACCUCAUGCGCACCAUGCAGUUCGAAACGUUCGAAAUGUUGGCGGAGUGUCCGGAGAGCGGGUUCAAGUUCACGGUGCCGUACCACUUCGAGGGCGCCGUGCGCGCGGCGGGCGAGCGCGCGCACCCCGCGCGCAUGAAGCGCCUGGCGCAGGAGGCCGCCACGCUGGCCACCAGUCUGCCGCUCUCCUACUCCUCCAGUGUGUUCGUGCGCACCGACACCGACCGCCUCGACGUCAUGAAGGUAUUAAUAACGGGUCCAUCGGACACGCCGUACGCGAACGGGUGCUUCAUCCUGGACGUGUACUUCCCCGCGGAGUACCCCGCGGUGCCCAUGCUCAUCAACCUGGAGACCACGGGCCGCCACUCGGUGCGCUUCAACCCCAACCUGUACAACGACGGCAAGGUGUGCCUCUCCGUGCUCAACACCUGGCACGGCCGCCCCGAGGAGAAGUGGAACGCGCACACUUCUAGCUUUCUGCAGGUGUUAGUGUCGAUCCAGUCGCUGAUCCUGGUGCCGGAGCCGUACUUCAACGAGCCGGGCUACGAGCGCAGCCGCGGCACGCGCGUGGGCAGCAGCGCCUCGCUGGAGUACAACUCCAACAUAUACCAGGCUUGCGUGCGCUGGGCCAUGCUCGACCAUCUGCGGAGCCCCGAGCCCUGCUUCAAGGAGGUGAUCCAAACGCAUUUCUGGAUCAAGCGGAACGAGAUAAUGCAGACGGUGGCCAACUGGAUCACGGAGCUGGAGACGCAGAGCGGCGACGAGCGCACGCAGCGCACCAUCCAGCUCAACCUCAUGGCGCUCAAGCGGCACUACGUGAAGCUGCAGGAGGAGCUGGGCAAGCUGCCGGUGCCGGCGGGGCUGGAGGAGCUGGACGAGCCGUUCCAGCUGCCGGCCGCGCCCGCGCCUUCGCCCGCGGCCGCCGACCUCGACCACGACAUGGAGAAGCUGGUGUCGCAGGUGCUGGACUGAUCUCCCCGCGCCUCCGUCCGGUCUGAACACGAAGCCCCGCCUACACCGCGUUUUGCUACUCGCUUUUCGUAAUCCUUUUAUUUGUAAUAGAACCUUUCUUUUUAUAGUUUUUUUUGUAGGUUUUACUUAAGACUUAGUGGGACCUUUAUUUAGUUUAACACUUAUUGUGAUACUAAAAUGGGCCCGCGUGGCGCCCGGUAAGCUAUUUAAGACGGUGAUAGAUGUACGGGCCGACGUCAUUGUAUUAUAGUAGAGGGCCGCGACUCGAGCCGUCGACUACUCGCGUAAUCGAUACAUCGAGCAGCGCCGGCGACGACCCAGGCGAUUGUUGUGUAUAUUACAAUAUAAUUUGAUGUACAUAAAACUAUUGUGUUUUAAUUGUUUCGGUAUUAAGAAUAUAUUAUAACGAUAACUCUGAAAGAGUUGGCGAGCGUCGUCGACGCCGCGCCGAUCUAGUAAAUUAUUAUAAUAUUAAAUACACGCUUGAUGUUAAAAUUAUGUAUACUUAGGCCUAGCCGACACGGUUAACAAUGUUUUGGUUGCACUCGCGGAUGGACUGACAAUAAGCGGCCGCCAGCUGUAAUAGUUGCAUGAGCCGCUCCUGCCGGACUCACCACGUGUUGUUAUAUUUGACUGUGAAUUUCGGAAUGUAAAUAAAAAUUUAUGUUAUCGCAAUGUCCUUUUUUAUUUAUUUUAUCGUCCUGUAAAUUGUGUUCAAUUGAUAGGAUAACUCAUUUAAAUUGUAGAGAUAAUAUAAUGUUAUGAGCACACUAUACUAUGUAAUUAUUAUUGCUCUUAGGCUAAUAUUCAAUGGAUGAUGCAAAUAGUUAACGCUCAGUCGAAUGCACAAUGUGUAUUAUACUCCUACUCAUAGAUAAAUGCUAGUACGCAACCAAGUGUAUCUGUGCAUCGUGAGUUGUACAUACAUAAUUGAUUUAAGGCCGGAGCAUACAGACAUUGGAACGCCUGCGCAUGUGUUUUCUUUUUUUUGCAUGUAAUUAUAGCUAGCUGCGUUACAAAUAAAAAUUAAAAAAAGCGCGCUGUUAUGUUAUAAAUGUGCACCGGCCUUAAUGAUUAAUAUUAAUUUCUUCACUUAGGUGGCUUCCAAAGAAGCCAACAGUAAAUAGUACUAUUUGGCAAAUUUGGUUUUCUAAGCAUGCUGGCCUUGCAUCUGCUCGAUAUGACCUUUACCAUAAUUUCUAAAUCAUUUUUUAAAAUUAAAUCGAUGGUCAAAUGAUCUAACGAGAGCUUCGAAAGCGAAACUAUUUCGACUGAAACUUUUGAAAAAUCUAUUUAGAUCAUGACUAAAGAAUAUAUAAAGAUGGGAGCUCAGCGUGACAGAAAAUUAACCUUUGUAAUUAUUGCUCAUCUGAAAUUUAAUUCUAGUGUAUGUGGAACUGCUGAAUGUAUGUAUUUUUCUUCUAAACAUUCUUGGUCCAAAUAUUUCAUCAUUGGAGACAUUUGGUUGCUAGGGGCUAAAAUAAAUCGAGCUUAGUACAUAAAGGGGAGAUCGAGGCCGUAGGCAAAUUGUAGGUAGUUCCGAAAAUUACCUAAAAGAUCCAUGGGCUGGUUAUGUGAUGGAGAUUUGUUUGUUUUCGAGAAUAUUCCAAAUUUUUUGCUUGCCAAAUUGAACAUGGAACGAUGAAUAAGAACAUCAUACAUACAUAACGUUCAAGAAGAAAUUAAGAGUACCAUCAUCAGAGGCAGCCUAUGAUUUGAUUAAAACAUCUCGAACUGAAUUUAUAGGAUACUUAUUAGAUACAUGUGUAUUAUAAUUUGUAUCAAAUGAAAUAAAAGUGUGUUAUGUAAGUCGUGGUUUAACAAUGUAUAAAUAAAAGAACGUUCACUA